AUGGCCCUCCGCUUCUCAGGCGUCGAUGCGAGGGUGCAUCGGGAGGAGGAACUGACACUGGCCCGCACCGCUUCCUACCGGAGGAAUGCCACGCUUGGAGCGCGAGAAACACCCGAUCGCGCUACCAUGGACAGCGCUCCCACCGUCCGUCCGGGCCUCGGCCGGCGCCGUGUCGUCCUCCCGGACCCUGUCGCUUUCAAGUUCCUCGAAGGCGAUCCCUCGGUAACCGUGGUCGAACGAAGACAUGUCCUCCCCGGUUACGAACUCUACUUGGUCGAGCAAUGGGCGUGCUCGCGCCAGUCGCCCACCCUCGUCAUUGCGACUUACACCGGCGACUUGCGACACUCAGUGGUGGUGGGCGUGUUGGAGCUGCCCGCAGACGACAAGUCCUGGUCGCCAAGGUUGAGAGUCUACUUCAAGGCCCUCUAUCAAUAUCAUGCCCGGCCAAAAGAGACUGAGGUUGGAGAGCUCAUGGUCACAAACCUUAGCAGCUUUCCCUCAGCCUUGACUGUCAUUCCCGUACCAGACGGCGACAUACGGAAACAUCGCCAGGAAUUUAUCGUCAACGAAAACCUGAAACGGCUAGGGUGCUCGGGGCGGUCCGGUCUCACUCUCACCGAACCCACUUCGGCAACGCAGGCCAAGUUCAUGCAGGUGUACAAGACUAGCGACAGGAUACCAUUCGUCCAGGCUGUCAUUGAGCUGGUCAAGCUGUGCCAAACCGCCCUGUUUCUCUUUGGCUUGCUCGAUCAAGAAUACAUCGACGGCCUUUUAUGUGACGUCACAGAGAAGGCCGUCAACGACUGGUGGACCGAGAUCGGCUCCGAGUACUUCAACAUCGAGCCGACGGACGGAAUUUUAGGCCCCACCACGGUCGCCGCUCUACUCGGCACCAUCAUGGGGUCGAGGAAUCGACUGAGCUACUGGGGUGCUCCGGUGUCCAAAGACGUGUUCGAUAUCGAAAGCUCAGUAAAGGGCAUCGGCACCUUCCAAAAGUCCAUGAGACUAAAUAAGACCCGUCGACUUGACCGGCAGACCAUGUUCAAACUGCAUAGCGUAACGGCGAAAGCAGCUGCGGGAGAUGGCGGGUGGGGCGUGCAAAAGGCCGUCAAGUCUACUGUGGCCGAAAUCGGUGGCAAGCGCGGCGAGCUAGUGAUAGGAAUGGUGGGCGGCCGCGAUAAGGCCAACAUAGGAGACGUCGAGACCCUGGAUCUAACUAAGGUAAUCAGCCUGGUAUCGGGCGAACGCCCCAAGUGGCUGUGGUAUGGAAAACCAAGGAGAACCGCCCAAGACCACGGGCACGAACAUGAACAUGCAUUAUCCGCUCUUGGGAGGGAACUAAAAGACGAACUGGGCCCCCAGCUUGUGGGCAGAAGAACUCAUUCAGCGCCACUGGAUGAUGAGCUCGAACCAAGAAAGCAGGACUCGCUUGCCGCCUACCAGCCGCCACAGCCCACGAAUUCGCUGCCCCUCACAGCCGAGACACCAGGGAGCGAUCGAGACGCUCUGCGGAAGACGGUAUUUAAGAGCGUUGCGGGAAAGGUCAAUGACGCUCGCUCGGGGCUGGGGCGCAUCAGAGACGCGGUGGGGGGUGGCCUGCGAGGACAUGUCAGCCGGCCAUCCAAAGAUGAGACUCCAGACACCGCCAUCAGUGCGUAUUCGAGCCCCAGUGUCGGGCCUGCGGGUCAACCAUUAUCGGGCGUCAUGACGGCCCCUGCCCCGCUUGGCAAGGCAUUCACAUGGAAAGUCAAGCCAGAAGAGUACUUGGCCGCCAUACGAGACAGCGAAGGGACCGAGAACGUGAGCAGGGAUAGGAAUUCAAACGAGAACGAGACCGGUCUGCGGCCGGGGCCGAAGAAUGGGGCCGGUGCUCUCCAGGAGCCCUUCAAAUCACUCGAGCCGAAAGAGAAGUUGGACCUCGCGCUCGCCCAUAUGGGCAAGGAGGUGCGCAGCAUCAACGUCUCUGCGCCGGGCUCUGUCGUGGCGGAGGGCGAUCUCCAAGGCCCCGUGCUCGCCAUCGAGAGAAGUUCAGAUGGGCCUCUCCUAUCUCUCCAGCGCCGCCACAGCACAGACUGCACCGCUACCUUCUACCUACCCCCGAACGAAGCCCGAUAUCCCCAACGUCUCUCCUUCAGUGCGGCCGAGGAGGCAGUGCUAUUUUGGGAAGAUCUCGUCACGCUAGACAACUCCACAGCGGGUAACGACUUGGCGAGUUUACGCUCGCAGGCCGAGUUGUCCUAUGCCCUCUGCGCCCAGCUCCAGCGGGUCCAAGCCGGCCUUGCGCCAUGGGUCACCAACAAACUAUCCGCCGUCACAGCCCUGGACCAAACCCUCGAUUCCCAGCAACACGAACUUAACGCGCUCCACGACGCAGUAGAGGAAGCAUACCAGCGCGCCCGACACAGCACCGGCGAACUUGUCAGCGAAGAGCGGGGGCGUCUCGCCGAGGCGGUCAAGGACAUUGAGAUGUUAGCAGCCAAGUUGGAGUACGAAAUCGGCGCGCUUGUAUCGCGGGUCAACGAGGUUGAGGAUGGCGUUGCUCAAUUCGAGGCCCAGGUUGAAGACGUCGAGCAAAGGGCGGAGGAGUUAAGAGAGGUGCUGGAGACGGAAAGCUGGUUGCAUUGGUUUGUGAGGACCCUGACCGGGAUCGGGACCGGUCCGAAUAUUACGAGGGGGGCUGCACAAGCGACGUUGGGGCCUGCGAAAUAA